AGAGAGACGGGAAGAGUUGUCAGGCUGAAGGGCGAGGGUGAACAAUCCGGCGGCACCGAGCACUUGUUCAAAGUCCGGCGGCACAGCAGCCGAGUGCAUCCACAGGGUCUGCGACUCGGGAGAAAUUGAAACAAAAUCCCCUCCAUCAAUUUUGUUAUUAAUUGAGUUGUACGGGACACAACUCCUUUAAACGAAUCCACAGGAGAUUCUGGAAGUCCAGCGUAACACAUACAAAAUGCUGGAGGAAUUCAGUAGGUCGGGCAGUGUCUUGUAAAGGGAUAAACAGUCGACAUUUCGACCUGACAUCCUUCAUCACGACCGGACAGAUAAUGUUAGCGCCCCCGGAGAAUGACUUUCAAUGUAUUUAAAAUUCUCUCUGACUCCGGACUACAGUCCCGAGGGGGUGCCGCACAGCCUGCCAGCCCUGUUUCGGGUUAAGCCGAUGCUCCUUUGCAAGAUCUCCAGUCACCUUGAAAUUUCUGACCCCCAAAUGCAAGGAAGUUUGGCGUUGGCGGUUGUUAGGGACGAGGAUUGGAAUACCGCCCCGGCAACUAAGAAAUCCUGCUGUCAUCCUUUGGGAUGACAAUUAGAGGAGCGGGGAAUCGUAGCUACAAACAGUCGCUCUUCCACCAGCUCCACGUUUUUCUGCUGCUCUCUGAGUUAUUGGCAACAGUUUCUGCCUCUAAGUUCAGGACCUGCGAGCCGUACUUGGAUGCUGUGGGACUAUAUCACCCUGGAUUCCACUGUCCACGCCUCAACGAUGACCAGAAGCAAACAUAUUGCUGCCGGCAGAGUAACCAGACCCUCAAGUACUGCUGUAACAAACCAGAGUUUCAGAGCACCAAGGGAGUCAACUUGACUGAGGCCACCAGGAGCCCUGUCAAGUACGGGCUGCUGGCUGCCGUUCUGGUCUAUGGUCUGGGAGUUAUCGCCCUUCUGCUGACCGACCUGCUGUAUUACUACUCGCUGAAUAGGGACGACCCCCGGCUGUGCCCAGCUCCCGCCUCUCUCUGCAGACGCCGUGGAAACAACGCUGAGGGAAGAUCACCUGCGCUGGGUGAAAAUUUGUCAUCGGGACAGUGUGCCCUUUGACAUUGCUGCUGGUGAAGGAUCCUUGCAUUGGUGGAUGUGAGAGCAGGUUGUAGGCCCCAAACUCGCAGGAGCACAGCCACUCUGCGGAACUCCUUGAAGGACAGGAUGAACCGUGGAAUCGAGGGGGUGCAGCAGCCUCUCUGUCUGGUCAAAUAAUAUGUCACGGCAAAAUCAUUUGAGGGUCAAAGGCUAACCAGGGCACCAUGAGAACUCACAGGUGCAAGAGAUUCUGUGGAUGUUGUGAAUCUGUAGCACUGCACACAACAUACAGGAGGGAUGCAGCAAGUCAGGCAAUAUCUGUGAAGAGAAAAACACAGUUGCUGUUUUGGGCUGAAACCCUUCAUCCUUCCAUAGAUGCUGCCUGUCUUGCUGAGUUCCUCCAGCAUGUUGUGUGUCUUCCCUAUGAGAACUCUGCUUUCAAAAGUAGCAUGUGGGAUCUGGUGCCAAGGUAUGCAGCAGUUCAGAAUCAGGUUUAUUAUCACUGACGUUUGUCAUGAAAUCUGUUGUUUUGUGACCGCAGCACAGUGCAAGAGAUAAAAGAGUUACUGUAAUUACGUCAAAAUAAUAAACAGUGCAGAAUUGUGAGGUUGUCUUCAUGAACCAUUCAGGAACCUGAUGGUGGAGGGAAGGAAGCUGUUCCUAAGCUAUUGAAUUUGUGUUUUCUGGCUUCUGUACCUCCUUCCCAGUUGUAGUCAUGCAAAGAGGGUGGGUCCUGAGUGGUGAAGGUCCUUAAUUAUGGAUGUCACCUUUCUGAAGAUGUCCUCAAUGGUAGGGAGAGUUGUGCUUAUGAUGGAGCUAGCUGAGUUUACAACCUCCUACAGCCUUUUUUGAUCCUGUGCAUUGGCACCUUGAUAUCUGUCUGUGAUGCAGCUGGUGGGAAUGCUCUCCAUGGUACAUCUGUAGAUACUUAAUGGAGUCUUUGAUGACAUACCAAAUCUGUGCUGGAGCACCAGCCUGGAUUCUGUGGUCAUGUCUGGAGUGGAUGUGAACACAGGAACUGUGUGUUUAAAAAGGAUGCUGCCUCCCUAACCUCUGACUGACCCUGUUAUACUCUUAGAGGAGAGUGGUAACCUUGGACAUUGCUGGUGUUGCUUUGACCCAACUCUAGUUGUCCUAUGGAUAGAGGUUAGCUACUCUGCUUAGUCAACAGCAUGACUUGAUUGUCUGAGUAAUGCUGAGGCUUUAUAAGCCAUUGGUUAGACCACUCUAGGAAUAUUGUGAGUAGUUUUGGGCUCCCUAUCUAAGGAAGGAUGUGCUGGCAUUAGAGAGGGACCGGAGGAGGUUUCAUUCCCGGGAAUGAAAGUGUUAAUAUAUGAGAAAUGUUUGAUGGCUCUGGGGCUGUACUUGCUGGAGUUUAGAAGAAUGGAGAGGGUGGAAUCUCAUUGAAACCUAUCGAAUAUUGAAAGGCCUCAGUAGAGGGAAUGUGGAGAGGAUGUUUCCUAUAAUGGGGGAGUGUAGGACCAGAAGACAAUGCUGACCCUUUAGAACAAAAUUGAGGAGAAAUAUCUUUAGCCAGACAGUAGUGAAUCUGUGGAAUUCAUUGCCAUAGAUGGCCAUGCAGGCCAAUUCAUUGAGUGUAUUUAAAGUGGAGGUUGAUAGGUUCUUGACUAGGAAGGACAUCAAAGAUUAUGGGGAGAAGGCAGGAGAAUUGGGCUGUGAGGGAUAAUAAAUCAGCCAUGAUUGAGUGACGGAACAGACUCAAUGGGUUGAAUGGUACAAUUUUGCCCCAAUGUUUUAUGGCCUUAUGGAGUAUACAUGAUGACAAAUAAUCCAGACCUUAGCCUUUUGAUCUGACAGUUCCCGUGUGCCUAUUUAUUCUGCUGUAGACAUUGGCCCUUGCACUCCAAUCACUCUUGAAGGGUUGACAGUUAUGUGAUAAUUUUUGGCAAACAGCACUCCUGAAUUACAGGCAGAAAAUCAGCAUUUAGGUGACAGGAAACUUGACUCCUGCCCAAUAUUCAACCCUCAACCAACAUUCCAAACAGACCGAUCUAAUGGCUCUCUGAGGCCAGUUUGUUUUCUUCCUUCUAGCACUGAUUAUAAUUCAGAAAUAUUUUACUGAUAUAAAGAUUGAGUGAGUUGAUGGACAAAUCUUCCCUUCAAGUAGAAAGACCAGCUUGUGUCACUGUUGGUUGGGGAAGGGUGGGAUUUGAAAAUAAUAUUGAUCAGGGCACGGGAUGUAUGUUGCUCCUCUUUGAGACCGGUAAGUCUGAAUUUCCCUCGGCGGGAGAUUCAGCCAACUGCCUCUGCGAUGAGAACUCGGUGCUAAAUUCACCAGUUCAUCGCCCAUGUGUGACAGACAAGCCAGCUCCUCAAAACUUAAUAAUGAUUUGGAGGUAGAGGUAUUGACAAUAGCAACAUUUAAAAAGUAUCCAGAUGAAUACAUGGAUGCGAGAGGUUCAUGGGCCAAAUGUGGGCAGAUAGGACUAGCUCACUGGGCAAUAAAAAGCAUCCGGAUGAAUACAUGGAUGACCAUGGAUGGGAGAGGUUUAUGGGCCAAACGUGGUCAGAUAGGACCAUCUCACUGGGCAAUACAGUUGGUGUGGAAGAGACGGGCUGUUUUUUUUGCUCUAUGCCUACAUGACAAUGUGGUACAAACUACUUAACUGUAUAUCUGUAAAUUAUAGAAUAAAACAUGAAUU